AUGCCUCCAAAAUCAAAAAAGAAAAAGAAACCCGCUAAUCCAGCACGUGGAUUUGCUACAAAAAGUACUCCCUCAAAAAUAAAAGAUACAGAAACAACUGAUGACAAUGAAUCAAUUAAUAAAACUAAUGAAGAAGAAAAUUUGCCAAUGGUAGUUGAAAGUGUUAAUGAUCAGGAGGCUAUAGAAGAAGAAGAUAAAGAAGACAAAUUUUUGAUUUCAUUGAUAGACAAGUUAAAACACAUUGAUGAAAAGAAAGUUGAUAGAUAUUUCAAAGAAUUAUCAUCAUUAUCAUCAAUCGAAUUGAAUAAUUUUGACGAUUGGCCAAUUUUGAGCCUUGAUUCAAAUAUUGAACAUAAAAUUAUUGAGCAUUUACAAAAAGUAGAAAAUCAUGAGGAUUACGUUAAUACUAAUGAUGUGGAAAUUAGAUCAACAAAAGAUUAUGAGCGAAUGAUUUCUGAAUUAGACAUAGUUUAUAUGACAUUAUUACGCCUUGGAUUCAAACAAAUUGACAUUGAGAAAUGUAUCAAAACAUUAGGAAAAAGAACAAAGUUAAUAUUGAUUAGAUUUGGAAUGGACAAACCUCUGGAUGAAUUGGUUGAACACUUAGAAAGAAUUUUGGCAUCUCAAACUGAUGGAACUAAAUUUAUGUUCAGAAAAAUGAUUCAGGAUCCAGUUCAGUAUUUAACUUCUAUUCAAGCUUGA